GUCGCUACUAGGUAAGAGCAACCAGGAAGUUUUAUGCAACUUUCACCCAAAGGCAAAAGGAAGACGAAGUUGUCAAAAAGUUUGAUCGAAGACGCCUGCCAUGGCAACCAAAUCAAGGCCACCAAUGGCACUCCCUGGAAGGCAUGCAGAUCCCAUGUCCCAGUCUAGUGGAGACAUACCUCCUCCGUUGCCACCAUCCCGACGUCCUGCACCCACACCACCACAGGAGGAGCCACCAUUACCAGCAAGACUGCCUCCCUCAGUACCCAAGGGAAGACAUGCACCACAGCCUGAACCAGAAUAUGAUGCAAGUACCGACAAUGUGGAUGAUGAGUAUGAUGAGUUUGACAUUGACCAUGGGGCAACCAAUGGUUCUAUGUCCCCUCCUCUCCCUUCCCCUCCUGCAGAACAGGAAUAUGAUGACUGGCAAAAUCCAGAGCAAACUAAUGAACCAGAACUGUAUGAGGUACCAGAUGAUAUUACACCCCCGAAACCUGUAGGCAGACCUGCACUUCCAGCCAGAAAUGCUCAUCAGCCACCGGUGCCACAGACUGACGAGGUUUAUGAAGAUCCAGAUGAUAAUUCUCCGUCAUCUGAUGCACAAAAUGAGAUGGUUUAUGAAGACCCUGAAGCUGAUGGUCAGGACGAGUAUGAGUUUCCUGAUGAAAACAGCUCAUCAUCUGCACCACCACCUUCAUUACCAUCACGACCAGCCAAUCGUGCGCCAGUUCCCGUCCCUCCGUCCAAGCACUCUAAACCCCCCAAAAAACCAACAACAUCGACAUCGACAGCUGCCCCGGGCAUAAAUAUCGACACUGGAGCACUGGGCAGUGCCCUGAAGGGAUUGAAACGUGUUACUAAUAACAGUACCCCGAAGGAGGUGGAACACAAUGCUACAGUUGGCAGUGAAAUAUCAACUCAAAAGAUUAAUAUUAAGGAUGCAAUCAAUAAGUUUGAAACGGGUGUUAAGCCAGCCAUGUCUCCCAAGCCUAAGGGUUUCUCUAGCCCUGUGUCUGUUCACUCUGUCAGUUCUGUCUCGUCCACCGAGAGUAAUCACACCCCACUUUCACCGCAUCCAGUAGAGUCGACAAAGGAGAGUGUAUCUUCAGCAAAGGAUAUGCCUCUUCCACCUGUUCCUAAUUCUGAAGAAGUUUUUGAUGAGAUUUAUGAUGAAUGUGCUUCAAAUCUGCUGGCAUCGUAUCCAUGGUACCACGGCAGUCUUGGUAGAGAAGACGCAGACCGCAAGCUGAAGCAGCUGAAGGAGGAUGGAUCAUUUCUGGUUCGUGACAGCAAAAAGUCUCCUGAUCAGCCGUACACACUGGUGUUACUUUAUAACAACACUGUGAAGAAUCUGAAAGUACGAUUGAGAAAAGAUAAUAAAAUAGCUUUGGGUGAAGAGAAAAAGGAUGAAAUUAAUUUUAAAGAUGUCAUUGAGAUGGUGGAACACCACAAGAAGAAUGAGGUCAUCCUCAUUAAGGAGAACGCCAAAGUAAAGCUCCUGAAAACACCACCAAAAUUUUAAAACUGAUCUAAUUAAUCACAGAGGUCUCAGUUUACAAAACCUGUUUUUGACUUGCUUGGGUGCAACUACAUGUAUUUACAAUAUUUAAACACUUAUGCUUAAACAAAAAUAAUGGGAGAAAAAAAAAGGCUUCGUAAAUGUGUCUUUUAGAGAUUAGAAUUUGCUCUAAUAUCAUUUAAAGGAAGCUAGCUCUGACUUGACAGACCCAUCGGAACAUUACUUUCCGUGUGUACUGCGAACACCAGUUGGCCCCAGAUUGAUUUAUCUCUUGCUAUACCCAUGUUUUCGAUUGAUUUCAUUGGUGUUAUGCACCAGCAUUGCCGGUUGUAAUCAAAUGUAUUUUGAUAGAUUUUGGUGCAACAGAAUGAAAAAACCCCAACAAAACAAAUUGUGUUGGACCAGCCAGUCACUGGUUUGAAAAAGCUACAUAAAGACAUUGCAGUUGAAGAUUGGGGUGGGGGUGGGGGGAGGAGAGGGUUGGGGAGAUGUCUACCUGUAAAUAUAUGUAUUAAAGGGACAGAUCCUAGUUUUUAAACACUGAGGCAUAUUUUUCACCUAGACCCUAGUUUCAACCCAUAACAAUGGACACU